GUUGCUUAUGCUUAUAUAUUCACUUCUGCUGUUUCUGAAACAUGAGGCCUCCGUACUUACUUCUUUACCUAAAGGCUGUUGAAUGCAGUUUUGAAACCGUCCUCAAAGAGGAAGUGCCCCAUAAAAGAGAGGUUAAAUGUCCACCCGAAGAAUACUUUGCAACAAGGCACUGCUGUCAACUGUGCAAUGCGGGAUCAUAUGCUGAAUCAGAAUGUACAGUGGAACACGGAUCUCCCACGUGCAAGUCAUGCACUAGAGGAGAAGAUUAUAUGGACAAACCCAAUGGUUAUGCAGAGUGCAUAAGGUGCACUCAGUGUGAUGCUGGUCAUGGCCAGAUUUUGCUUGAGUCCUGCGAUAUUACACACAAUACAUCAUGCACUUGCAUGGAUAAUUAUUUUUGUAAUCAGAGAGCAUCAGGGUUACCUGAGAGCUGCAGUCAGUGUCUGCCUUGUAAAACAUGUACAUAUGGCGUUAUUCAAGAAUGUACACCGGCGAAAGAUGCUGUAUGUAAAGAAAAUCAUGCUAGAGGCCACUGGGGUAUCAUACCAGCGGUGUUAAUUGUAGUCAUUGCCAUAUGUAGCAGAAAUGUGUUUUUGGGAUGUCCUCCUGAAUUUGAAGAUGUUGACUUAAGACAAUACUUGGUGGAUAUUGCUAAUAAGCUGACCUAUGAAAUAAUAAAAACGUGUGUCCAGAAAAUGAAUUGCAAUUCCGUCGACAUUCAAGAUAUCGAUUACAGCGCACAGAGUGUUUGUGAUAGAAAAUAUAAGUUGUUGGAGUCAUGGUAUCAAGGUCAUGGGAAAAAAGGAGCAUUUAAAGAACUGUAUGAAACACUUCAGUCUUGUAAUAAGCAACUGUAUGCUGAAGAUAUUCUUACAAUUGUGAAGGCCGAUAAUUUAAACAAUACACAUAAUUAAGGUAAUACAGAUAGUAUUAAGUAUAUACUAUUU